AUCGUUCCAUCCCACGAUCCCGCAUCUUCAACAAUCGGCGUUGACUCUCCACACCGGCACGUUCGAGACCCAUGCGCCUAGCUCUGUCCCUUGACCAACGCAAUUGGCGACAUGAGCUGCAGUCAGUAUGCGCCUACGGCCUCCCGGAUAUCUACUCCGUCCUUCCACUCUCGGUAAUGUCUGCUGGCGGUGCAGUCAACAGCUAAGCUAUGGGAAUUCGCAAUUUACAAGGACCUUCGCCCACGCCGCCCCUGUAGCACCGAAGCAACAAUCUCGACUAAAGGCCGGAUACUUUUUGUCUAACAAGAUUCUACCUCGAUCCCAUGAUGGUUCAAGUCCCCAGUCGUUUGCGGCCUCAACCGCCCCCGACGAAGCCAGCAAAGCUACCACUACGAGCCAAGUAAACCAACAUCUCCCUCACCGGCGACGUCAAGCAGCAAAGCGCCACGCUGCCAAUUUACCUGAUUCAGCCCCGCCAGCUGAUGCUGAAACUCCUCUCCCGCAAGAUGCCUCAUCUGCGCUUACGACGGAGUCUACGAAGCAUCCCGCCAAUUCUUUCCGUCGACAGCUGUCCCUUCUCCUUUCCCUGUCGAAACCUCGCCUUACCAUCCUAGUCGUUCUCACAGCUAUGGCGCCCUAUGCGCUAUACCCCGUACCGGCCUUUCUCUCUCCGUCUAUCGGUCUAGACACGCCCUCCCUCUCGCCCUUAACCCUGACCUUUCUCACGACCGGCACCGCGCUCUGCUCCGCUAGCGCAAAUGCUCUUAACAUGCUCUACGAACAAGCUUGGGAUGCCAAGAUGACGCGCACGCGAAACAGACCCCUCGUUCGGGGCCUCUUAUCCGAACGUAGGGCUCUCGUCUUCGCCGUUCUUGCUGCCGUUGCCGGAGUCGGUAGCCUUUACUUCGGCGUAAAUCCUACAGUCGCCUUCCUCGGUGCUGCUAACAUCGCACUCUACGCCGGAGUUUACACGCCAAUGAAACGUGUCUCGUGGCUGAACACUUGGGUCGGGGCGGUCGUCGGAGGCAUACCGCCGCUUAUGGGUUGGGCUGCGGCGGCUGGUGAAUCCGCGACGGGAGACGGAUCAUUCCGCGAACUCCUCUUUACGACGGAUGCGAUCGGCGGUUGGCUGCUUGCCGCGCUCCUGUUUGCCUGGCAGUUUCCUCACUUCAUGGCUCUGUCGUGGCCUAUAAGAGAAGAAUAUAAAGCGGCCGGCCACAAGAUGCUAUGCUGGAUCAACCCUGCUCGCAACGGACGCGUAGCGCUAAGGUAUAGCUUGUUAUUCUUCCCGCUGUCUAUCGGACUUUGCGCUGUAGGAGUAACAGAGUGGAGCUUCGCGGUGACAAGCCUACCGGUCAAUUUCUGGCUGGCGCGAGAAGCGGUGCGGUUCUGGCAACAGGAAGGCUUCAAGGGGAGCGCGCGGGGGUUAUUUUGGGCCAGCAUUUGGCACCUACCAGUCAUCAUGGUACUCGCUCUCGUUCAGAAGAAGGGGAUGUGGGGGCGAGUUUGGAGAAGCAUCGUUGGAGAGCCAGAUCUCGAGGACGAGUACGAGGACUGGGUCGUAGACCAAAUCAGCCAAGAAGCUGAGGCCGCUGAUGGCGAGGCCCAAAAGGCAGUGCCUCCUAUUGGAUCCGAGUGAGGUACCACCCAAGUCGGGCUUCUGCAGAGCUACUCGAGACGGCGGCCUAGAACGAACCAAAAAUUAAUAUGUAACAUAUCUUGUCGAAUGUAUAAGAUGGAUACUAAAACGACGCCUGGUCAAGCAUAUUGCAUUAUUCAGAUGCGUGCAAUCGACACGAAGUCAGGAUAAUCACUCGAACUAAGGAACGGGCGCACUAUCGCAAUUCCUACGAUUCCCACGUAGCUGAAUGAUCUAAUGAUUAAUACUCUUAUGUCUGGCUAUACCUAAGAACCCCUUAUGAGCUCAACAAAGUAAUCACCGCCCUUAAUCCUGUGGUAUCUAUGCAAUAAAGAUCUAGUAUACAGUGCAUUGGAUAGUCAUAAGUUUUCCGGCGCAGAAAUGCAGUCAUUAGCUGGUAGACAAAUACCUCGGGCCCAGCAACCCCAAUCCCCUGGUUUUGAUCCGCGAUAAAUAAAGGAGGGUUGCCAUAGUCGAUAGCACGACAAAAUUCCCCCGAACAAUUAUAAAGGAGCGUAGACUCGUUCUUUUAGCAGUCCAAUCUUCAUCCGCUGUACUCUCUGUAUCCCCAUACCGCCCAGCAUCUUCCUCGCAACGACGAGCUGCUCGCCGGCAGUUCCCUCGCCUUCCCACCC